CGCGUUCCCAAAGAGUCCCGCCGAGGAUUUCCCCGGAUACACGCUUUCCCACCGCCAAGAGCCUUCGGAGGAUAGAAAACGAGCCUCAGAGGUACAUCAUCCUUCUGUUCGAAUGGAAAUGCAGGUUCCAUCGUCGUUUUUUCUUCACAGAUCCCUCCGCCAGAAAUUGUUUUCCGCAGUCUCCACUUCCGGGUUCGCCAUUUUGUUGCCUCCAUUUCUCCACGAGGGGGGUUAAAGGCCCCCAAAAUAUGCAUAGAUGAAAAGGCCAAAAAGUAACCGUCACUGACAGGGAGUCUAAACGAGAGGAGGAGACGGCACCAAACUGGCGGGUCCGGCGAGAGCACCACCGGCGGCGUCCCGGACGAGGAGCUUCCUGAAAACUUCUGUUCCUAUGCAUAAAGAUGUCUUUGGUGGACUUGGGGAAGAGAUUGCUAGAAGCAGCAAGAAAAGGCCAAGAUGAUGAAGUGAGGACAUUGAUGGCAAAUGGUGCCCCGUUCACCACCGACUGGCUUGGAACGUCACCCCUCCACCUCGCAGCCCAGUAUGGCCAUUAUUCCACAGCAGAAGUGCUCCUUCGAGCAGGCGUUAGCAGGGAUGCCCGAACCAAAGUGGACAGGACCCCCUUGCACAUGGCUGCAGCUGAUGGACAUGCACACAUCGUGGAACUGCUCGUUAGGAAUGGUGCAGAUGUGAAUGCCAAGGAUAUGCUGAAGAUGACAGCUUUGCAUUGGGCCACAGAAUACCACCAUCGAGAUGUUGUGGAGCUGCUUAUCAAAUAUGGAGCUGAUGUCCAUGCUUUCAGCAAGUUCGAUAAAUCUGCCUUUGACAUAGCCCUGGAGAAGAACAAUGCUGAGAUCCUGGUCAUCCUCCAGGAAGCAAUGCAGAAUCAGGUGAAUGCUAAUCCCGAAAGAGCCAACCCUGUGACUGUGGCUGCCCCGUUUAUCUUCACGGCAGGAGAAGUUGUCAACCUCGCUAGCCUUGUUUCUUCAGCCAACACCAAAACAACCUCAGGUGACCCCCAUGCCUCCUCAACAGUACACUUCUCAAAUUCUACCACCUCAGUGCUGGCCACCCUUGCAGCUCUUGCUGAGGCAUCAGCUCCCUUCUCCAACUCACACAGAGCCACAGCUAAUUCAGAGGAAAUCAUAGAAGGAAAUUCUGUUGACUCAUCAAUCCAGCAAGUGGUGGGGAGUGGAGGCCAGAGGGUGAUCACCAUAGUGACCGACGGAGUGCCUCUGGGUAAUAUCCAAACUGCAAUUCCUACUGGAGGCAUUGGCCAGCCAUUUAUUGUAACUGUGCAAGAUGGACAGCAAGUUCUAACUGUACCUGCUGGUCAGGUUGCAGAGGAGACUAUAAUUGAAGAAGAAGAGGAAGAAGAAGUGGAGAAGUUGCCAUUGACUAAGAAACCAAAGGUAGAAGAGAUGACAGACAGUGUGGAGGAGAACAAGGAAGGGACGGAAAGAGAGCUACUACAGCAGCAGCUCCAGGAGGCCAAUCGAAGAGCCCAGGAAUACCGACACCAGCUCCUCAAGAAAGAGCAGGAGGCAGAACAGUACCGCCUCAAGCUGGAGGCCAUGGCCCGACAACAGCCCAAUGGAGUUGAUUUCACCAUGGUUGAAGAGGUGGCUGAGGUAGAUGCUGUAGUGGUCACAGAGGGGGAGAUGGAAGAGAGAGAGAUGGAAGUGACUGGGGCGGGAGGGACCACAGAGCCUCAUCAUGGAGUUUCCAUAGAAACUGUUUCAUCUUAACAUACAAGGCCACAAUUUGUACUACAUCCAUUUUUUUUUUCUCUUUUUAAAAGAAAACAGGACAAACCUUGUUUAAAAAUUAAGAAUUUCCUUAAGAAGAAAACUAUAGCAGGGUAUAAUGCUUGGGCUCAGGAAGACUCUCUAUGCAACUAGAAAAAUCAAAGCCCAAUUUAGGGAACACUUCUUUUGAGAGGCCAAAAAAAUAAGGACCAAAUUUCCCAGCUUACAUCAUUGCUUUAAGCGUAGAGGUAAAAGAAUGCUGCAUGUUGUAGGUUGGUUGGUUGUUGCAAUAACUGACUUUUUAUCAAAAGAUUUUACUUUCUGUCAAAAAAUUUUUCUAAGAUAACAUUCCUAAUAUGGACCCACCUAGAUCCUUUAAUAGUUGCACCAUCAAGUGACCUGAAAAUUUGCCUUAGAUAUAUGAUGUACUAUGUCUGUUACAGAAGAAAACUAAUUGGGAGGGAGGUUAGGAGCAAGCUUUGGGGAAGAGAAAGGAAUAUAUUCCACUUCCAAAGGAGCAAGCGAUCCCCACUAUUCAGUUAAUUUCACUGAAAAUAAUUUGUGAUUGCCUGACUAAAUUUGCAUCCAUUGUGUGUCUAUAGCUCAGCUGCCAGUUUAAGAAACGGAAAUACAAUUUUUUAAAACUGGAAAGAAAAGUCGUUUAUGUGAAAAAGUGUAUAUAAAUCCAAAAUCCUCCAAGGCUGUGCUUUCACAAUGCUGGAAAGUGGCCAGAAAGAGGCUCCUUGGGGUUAUGAAACAACCUGGUGUUGAGAUACAAACUUUGCUCUGGCUGGAUUUUACAAAAUUGCAAUCAGGAUGAUAGUCUGUUGUUAGAACAACUUGCUUCCAAACUUUUAUUUAUGUAAUAUCAAGCUUUAAUAGCAAUUCUUUAAUUUUAUAAAAUUUUGUUGAGUUUUCUAAAUGUGCCUUUCUGUAGCACUUACAUGGUAUCCUCCUCUAUGCAAUAAAGGAAGGGGGAGAGAAACGAAUGUUGAAGAUGUUGUGUUGUUUUGUUGCCAUUUGAUUUGGGAUGAGUAGAUUGCCCUGUUUCCUUAAGGUAGGACCUUAUGGAGAGCUUUGUGCCUUACAGCUGCUCAUUGUGUGCCGUCAAAGGGAGUGAGAACUGUCAGUGCCUAGAGUCGGGAACCAAAGAUUCUGGCGAGAUACUUCAUCGGCCUUACUCCCUUCUCGCCCACUGUGCCUGCUCCCUUUGCCGAGACACUUUUGGAAAGUGUUUCAUUGCUUGGAUUCUUUGUGUGCCAGCUUGGAGAUUUUUCAAAACAAAGUAAAUAUAGAUGGAGAGAGAAAGGUGGUGGAGAGGUUACAUUACAGAGGAAUUGGGCCCCCAUCAUUCUUGCUUGCUUGCUUGCUUUGUUGUAAAUGACAAGAAGAAACCAGAGGGAGAUGUGCCAAGUAAACAUUUGAGUGACUGUUUAGAAUAUGGUUUUAUUAGUGAUCAUAGGGAAAACAUACAUUUUUAAUUUGGAAUAAAACUUGACAGUUAAUAUGGUUCUCUUUACCUUGAUUAGUGAAGUAAUUUGCCACAAUUUUUCAGAGGUGAAAAAUCAUUUGGGGCUCAAAAUAAACUGAAAACAUAACUCCCCAAACCAAAUAUACAAACAGAAUUGGCUAUUAGAGGCUUCUAGGCAAAAAUGUCAGUUUUGAAAUUAAUCUUGAUGACUUGCCACCUUAACUUGGUUUUCCCGAGGGACUUGAGUACCAAGCAUUUCCCAGCUGGCCAGAGGUUACUCUGGGCUGUUAGCAUGAUGGAAAAGUGCAGUGGAGGAGGCUAGGUAAAGGUGAGGAUAAAAUUAUGGUAUCUGCUGUCAAAUUGUCCGUUUCUGUUUGUGAUGUGUGUGUUUUUUCUGUCCUUUUGUGAACCAGGUGCUAACAAUAAGCUGCUAUUGUGUGCCAUUUCAGAGCCUUAGCUUAACUAUAGAUGCAUCAAGUGUCAUUUUAGAUGUGUUUUGUUUAUGUUCUUAAUGUAUAUGUUGACUUUAAUUUCUUUUUUUCUGCCCUGUUAUGGGGUGGAGGUAAACACUGCAGAAGAUAUCCAGGUCCAGCCACCUCAUUCUCUAUGCAGCUUCUGAUUGGCAGUGGGGAGCUUCCAUCCAACACUCCCUUUUGAGCAUACAGAGCCCCUACUGCUUUGGGGAGCUGUUUAUUUGUUCUUAUCUUCCUAUAGGAGGCUGUCAUUCCUACACACAAACAAUACUGAAUACAGCCCAAGUCAUUUUUUAUGAUGGGGUCUUUGAGAUUGGGUUGGGAUAGGGAGAGAGAGAAGGGAAAUACUGGGAAAGGGGUGGGUAGCAAAGAGGUAUUUGUUUUUAUUUACUUGGAAUAAAGCUUUUAACAUCCCAGAGAAGGGAAAUAAGAUUUGAUCUCCAGUUGUAUUGCUGUAGAGAGAAUGGUAAGUCAGGAUCCCUUGAAGUAGUUAGAAGUUAAACACUAAAUGCAUUAAUGGCAAUACUAUUUUAUGAUAUUGCAUUUUUCUUUUGGGAUCAGCCACAGAAAUUGGGAAAAUGUUGCUAGAUUUUCUGGGUUAGAGGAUUUCAACUGGCCUUUGGCAAGGUUGGAUUACAGAGAAUCAAAUAAAAAUCAAGUGGUUCAGAGUUGGUACUUGAAUAGAAGGAACCUGGAGCCUAGGAUGAUUGCCUGCUUU